ACAUUUUUCCACCCCAAAUCUCUUAAUUCCAUCUGUAAACAAGUUGAAUUCCUUCUGUAAACUAGCUAAAUUAUUAUUAUUAUUAGUAUUAUUAUUGAUGAUGAUAAUAAUAAUCAAUAAUAAAUAAUAUUUUGUUUGAUCCAACGAUGUUGGUUUCGAAAUUACGCCAGGGAACGAAGGACACGUUUAAUAGGAAUUUGAUUUUUGCAUAAAGUGCAGACUCGUUUGGCCGGAUCCUCGGAGAUUAGUUCCCGAAUCCGGCGACGUUUGCUCAGAAAUCAACUCGGCAAACACCGGGCCGUGCGAGUCUCUCCUUGACGUUGGUUUAGCCGAGGAAUCGGGAUUCGGGUUUCGUUGGGAUUAGUUCGUACGGAGGAUUUUGGGGAAACGGGGAACGCCCCGGAUGGAGCCCAAGGAGUCGACGGUCGGAGCGGAAACCGGCACAACGCACCCCAAUAGUGUUGCCAAAGAGGAAGAAUUGACAACCGGCGAAACACCCGUAACAAACGGGCAAAAGACAACCGUAUCAGACGGGGAAAAGACAGCGGUGUCGGACGACGGGACCCCAAGUGGUUUGGAAGUCGAUGAAGGAUCAGGCUCCAAAUUUGGACAAUUGGAGACGGACGAGGAGGAGGGUGUUGUGACCCCACAGGAGGAUGGGGCGCCCCAAUCGGAGGCAUCCGACGGAGGGACCCCGCAGUCCGAGACGUCCAGUGUGUCCCAAUCUGAAACAUUUGAUGCCUCUCAAUCCGAGGCGUCGGUCGCCCCCCAGUCGGAGGUGCUCGCCGUCGAGCCCUGUCCCGGAGAGGAGGCGGCCGCCAAGCCUCGGACGUCUCCGGCCCACCAGCCCGAGCCCCCGGACUUCUACUGCGUGAAGUGGAUCAGCUGGAAAGGCGAGCGGACUCCCGUCAUCACGCAGAGCGAGAACGGCCCCUGCCCGCUCCUGGCCAUCAUGAAUAUCCUGUUCUUGCAGUGGAAGGUCAAGCUUCCUCCGCAGAAAGAAGUGAUAACCUCUGAUGAACUGAUGGCCCACCUGGGCGACUGCAUCUUAUCCAUCAACCCGCAGCAGCAGUCGGAGGCUUUGCAGCUCAACUUCCAACAGAAUGUCAACGACGCCAUGAUGGUUCUCCCCAAGCUCUCCACCGGGUUGGACGUCAACGUGAGGUUUACGGGGGUCUCCGAUUUCGAAUACACCCCCGAGUGCAUCGUCUUCGACCUCCUAAACAUCCCCCUGUAUCACGGGUGGCUUGUGGACCCCCAGAUACGCGAAGCGGCUCAGGCGGUGGGCAAGCUGAGUUACAACCAACUGGUGGAGAAGAUCAUCACCUGCAAACACUCCAGCGACCCCAAUCUGGUGACCGAAGGUCUGAUUGCGGAGCAGUUUCUGGAGUCCACGGCCUCCCAGCUCACGUACCACGGCCUCUGCGAGCUCACGUCCACCGUCAAGGAAGGCGAGCUGAGCGUCUUCUUCCGGAACAACCACUUCAGCACCAUGAUCAAGCACCAGAGCCACCUCUACCUGCUGGUGACGGACCAGGGCUUCCUCCACGAGGAGCAGGUGGCCUGGGAGAGCCUGCACAACGUGGACGGCGACAGCUGCUUCUGCGACACCGACUUCCACUUGAGCCACGCUUUGGGCAAAGAGGCGGCUGGAGGGCCUCCCCCGGAGCAGCAGCACCUCAACCAGCGGCAGGUGGACCAGGACUAUAUGAUCGCCUUGUCACUCCAACAGCAGCAAGGAGGAACUCCGCUGAGUGACCUGGAGUUGGCCCAGCAGUUGCAGCAAGAGGAAUACCAGCAGCAGCAACCGCCGCCGGCUCCCGCCUCCGGAUCCCCAGCCCAGGCGAGGAGCCCGCCGCCGCCGCGACCUGCCGGAGAGCGCCGGCAGCGGCAGAAACCGGAUUCGGACUGCGUUCUCCUAUAACGCCGACCCUUCGAGGCGGCAUUCGGGGUUCCCGACCUCCCUUUGAUCCUAUUCUUUUAUGCGUUUGGAAGAGCGGGGUUCUCGAUCGCCUCCCCCUCCCUCCGCGCAAGGGCUGAAACCAAAACUCCUCUAUUUAUCGGUGUUUCUCGUUCUCUUCUCCUUUCCCGUUCCACUUAUCAUUAAUUAUUUGGGAAACGUAUCCGAUUGCUCGGUGGAAAAACAGACUAAACAUAUCCCGUUCCCAGGACAAUGAAGCGUAUUCAGGAUCUGAAGGAGCUUGAGUCCAAAAAAAGUAACUUUUCCAAGCUUGGCCUGUUCCCCAAUACCCUUCCGACCAAGGAGGCCUUCCCUAGAGAGGUGGGAUACGUAGUUUUGGGGUCUCUAGUCCUGUAUAUCUAUUGAGUUGACGCCUUUGAGUGGCAGCUUCGUGACGCCUCUUUUCGUGGCUGAUCAUGGUUCGAAUCCCAGUGUCUCUCUCAGAUGAUGUGGCUUGGAGAGCUACACUACAACUAUGUAACUUUUAAGGUGUAAUUUGCAUUGUACUUUUAGGUAACUUGCCCAAAGUUACUUCAUGCAAAUUACUUUCAUGAACUACCAAUCCUUGAAGAAUGUGUUGCAGUCCACAGACCUUAUUGUAUCGUACUUUAAGUAACUUUCCCAAAGUUACUUCAGAUGAAUUACUUUCACGAACUACCAAUCCUUAAAGGGGUAGUAGGCUCAGGAAGUUGCAGUCCACAGACCUUAUUGUAUCGUACGUUAAGUAACUUGCCCAAAGUUACUCCAAGCGAAUUACUUUCAUGAACUACCAAUCCUUGAAGGGGUAGUAGGCUCAGGAAGUUGCAGUCCACAGACCUUAUUGCCUCCCCAAAUAGUAACUUGCCCAAAGUUACUUUCUUAAAAGUAAUUUAGGGCAAGUUACUUUCAUAAAAAUAAUUUGGGGCAAGUUACUUUCUUAAAAGUAAUGUUGGGCAAGUUACUUUCAUCAAAGUAAUUUAAGGUAAGUUACUUCCAUAAAUAGAACUUUGCGUGAGUUAUUUCCAUAAAGGUAACUUUGGGCAAGUUACUUUCAUAAAGGUAACUAUGGGCAAGUUACUUCCAUUAACUAUUUUUGAAAAGUAGUAUCAUGAAGAUUCAGUCCACAAACUGUACUGCCUUCCCGAGAAGUAACUUACCCAAAAUUACUUUGUAAAAGUAACUGGCCAAAUUACUUUCGUGAACGACUUCUACAAGGGCUCAAGGAGUUGCAGUGUACAAACUGCAUUCCCUUCCAGGAGAGUAACUUUCCCAAAAUUGUUUCCAUAAAAGUAAUUUUGGGGAAGUUACUUCCAUGAGCUAUCCUUGAAAACUAGAGUCAUGGAGUUUGUCCACAAACUAUUGUCUUCCCAAGAAGUAACUUACCCAAAGUUACUUUGUAAAAGUAACAAUGGCCAAGUUUCUUUCGUGAACGACUUUUCCACAAGGGCUCAAGGAGUUGCAGUCUACAAACUGCAUUCCCUCUCAGGAGAGUAACUUCCCC